UCAACUCUAACCCUAAUGGACCGGUAGCUCAACAGUGGUGCCCACACACUUACACACAUCUCCUCUAACACUGGGUAUCCAAACAAACAAGUGUAUGAGACCGUCCAGCGUGCCAACCUGCUUCUCCUCUGCAGCCGGUUGCCUGUACUGUAUAUAAGAGGGCACGCUCUCGCUCCGCUUGUGGCACGCAGCAGCAACCAGCAGAGUCCAUGAUGAGAGCACUGGCACUUGCGUCCGUGUUGGCCGCGGCGCUCGCCGUGUCCGCUCGAGCUGCGCAGUGCGGCGAUGGCGCCGACGGGAAGCUCUGCCCGGACUGCCUCUGCUGCAGCAAGUGGGGCUACUGUGGCUCCACCUCCGACUACUGCGGAGACGGUUGCCAGAGUCAGUGCGACGGCUGCGGCGGGGGCGGCACCCCUCCCCCUCCUCCUCCUUCUCCUUCUCCCCCUCCUCCCCCUCCCACCCCCACCCCCACCCCUGGCCCCCCGAGCGGCGGUGGCGUGGCGUCCAUUAUCACAGAAGAUCUCUUCGAGAGGAUGCUGAAGCACCGCAACGAACCUGACUGCAAAGCUCGGGGCUUCUACACGUACGACGCCUUCAUCACGGCGGCGGGCGUUCCGGGCUUCGGCACCACGGGCAGCACGGAGGUCCAGAAGCGCGAGCUCGCCGCGUUCUUGGGGCAGACGGGGCAUGAGACCACGGGCGGCUGGCCGAACGCGCCCGACGGCGCCUUCACCUGGGGCUACUGCUACAAGGAGGAGAACGGCGCCACCGCCGACUACUGCGACAUGACGGGCGAGUACGCCCAGUGGCCGUGCGUCGCCGGCAAGAAGUACUUCGGCCGCGGGCCCAUCCAGCUCUCCUACAACUACAACUACGGGCCGGCCGGGGAGGACGCGACCAUCGCCCAGGACCUGCUGAGCAACCCGGAGCUGGUGGCGUCGGACGCCGUCAUCUCCUUCAAGACGGCCAUCUGGUUCUGGAUGACGGCGCAGCCGCCCAAGCCGUCGUGCCACGACGUGGCCACCGAGCAGUGGACCCCCUCGGCCGCCGACAAGGCCGCGGGGAGGCUUCCGGGCUACGGCGUCAUCACCAACAUCAUCAACGGCAUCGAGUGCGGCAAAGGCUACAACGAGAAGGUGGCCAACCGGACCUUCUUCUACACCAGCUACUGCGACAUCCUUGGCAUCAGCUACGGCGACAACUUGGACUGCUACAACCAGAGGCCCUUCAACAGCGCAUCCCUUGCUGGAACCGCUGCUCACGCUGAAGCGUAAAUAAUUAAACUAAAUUAAGCGAUGGGGGCGAUAA